AUGCCCGUCCGAGACCCCAUCUUCGAAGCUCGCACAAAUGUCAAGGUAUUACUUUCCUUUUGUCCCGUCAUCAAGAACCGUACUGACUGCGUGGGUGACGGACAGCUCCAUUCCAACCGUCUCAAAAAAGAAGCCCUCCGCGCCGAAGCAACCUACAAAUCCGAAAAAGCCAAAGCAGACAAAGCCAUGAAGAACCGUGAAUUCCAAAUCGCGCGCAUCCACGCCGGGUCCGCAGUUCGCGAGAAGAAGAGACAGGUAAACCUCAAAGCUGAAGCUGCGAGGGCGGAUGUCAUUAUCAACGAACUCAAAGCCGCGCAAUCGACACGGGACACCUCGCGGACGUUGGCGCUGGCGUCGAGGGGCUUAGAUGCUGCGAGCAAGAGCGUGAAUUUGGAGCAUCUGCUGGCGCAUGCGAAUAAUUUCUUGGCGCGGAGUGAGGAUUUCAAGAUUGCGUCGAAUGCGAUUUCGGAUGUUGCACAGGGAGUCUCGCAGCAGGAGUAUGGUGCUGAGGGAGAGUCAGAAGUGGACAAGAUGAUGGAGCAGUUGGCGGAUGAUGCGGGCGUGGAUUUGAGGAAUGCGCUUGAUGCGGAGACUGCUGCUGCGCCGAAGGAGGAUGUGAAGGAGCGGGCGCCGGCCAGCAAAGCAGUGGAUGCGGACGUGGAGGAUGCAUUGGGUGCGAGGUUGAGGGCUCUCAGGGCUACGGGUUGA